AGUUGAUGUGUGCACAGAACAGAGAAGAGAAACUUCCUUGACUGUAGAGCUUAGCAUUCUGACAGGGUAGAGAGGACGCUUUUUUCACAUGCUGUACACAUUAAUUUAAGAUAAACUGGGAGCUUUAGAGUAUCAUGAGCCGUGGAUCUAAAACUAAAUCGGAGAGCGCCUGGAGCUCUCUGCUGAGCCAGCAGGAGAAUGAGAAGUUGGAGGAGCUGCUGGGCAGAAGGUGUGCUUCCAUAGCCACUGCAGUAGCACAGCUGUUUAUGGCUCUGCCUCACAGUCCAUCUAUGUGGAGCUUGCAGCACACUGGAGUGGUCUGCCUCAUCAAAGACAACCCUCAGCGCUCCUACUUCAUACGGAUGUUUGAUUUGAAGAUGGGGAGGCAGAUUUGGGAACAGGAGCUCUACAACCAAAUUAUUUACUCCUCGCCACAGCUAUAUUUUCAUACCUUUGCUGCAGACGACUGUCAAGUCGGACUGAACUUUGCUGUGCAACAGGAAGCAGAAGCCUUCCAAAACGCUGUUGAGGAGAAAAUCAACCAAAGAAACAACCGUCAAGACAAAAAACAGCGCCCCCUGCCGCCUAGUGACAGAGGUUCCCUGCCUCCAGUCCCAACCGAAAAAGCAUCAUCUGGUAGCCCUGGUUCAUUUCACAUGGCCACAGUGGACAUCCAAAACCCAGACAUCCAUUCUUCCCGCUACCGCUCGAUGCCUUCACCUACUGCUGCUUCCUUAAGUCUGACCGGCAAAGGAAAGAAGAGUAAGAAGGAUAAGGACAAGAAAAAGGGCGCCAAACUCUCCAAAGCAGACAUAGGGGCACCCAGUGGAUUUAAGCAUGUUUCUCAUGUCGGCUGGGAUCCCAACAACAUUGACCCUGACCUGUGGAAGCUGCUCUCCCAAGCUGGGAUCAGUGAAGCUGAGAUGAGGGAUGAAAAGACCUCGCAGCUCAUCUAUAAUGUCAUUGAGCAGUCUGGAGGCAUGGAGGCGGUCAAAAGGGAGGUGAACAAAGGAGGUUCUGGACCUCCACCACCUCCACCUGGCAGACAAGGGCCUCUGCCUCCUAACCCUCCACCUCCACGAGGUCGCUCUGGCCCCCUGCCUCCUAUCCCAGGCCAGUCACCGCGAGGGAGCCCGUCCCCCCAGCUGCCUCCAGCACGUGGAGGCGUGCCACCCCCACCUCCUCCAACAAGCAGAAGUGGUCCUCCACCGCCACCGCCACACUCUGCACUUUCUCAGUUCCCCUCACCACCAUCCUUAAAGUCCUCUCCUGUCUCACCCCCGAGCUACUCCCACAACCUGCCUCCUCCCUUGCCACCAUCUAGCCAACAGCGCUCUGUGGGUUUCCCACCUCCUCCUGUCCCAUCUACACCCAGCAGAGGAGGUGGAGGAGGAGGGCCUCCUCCUCCCCCUCCGCCCCCUCCACCUCCACCUCCACAAAGCUCUAUUUCUUCCGAUUUCCCACCUCCUCCUCCUCUCUCCAGUGGCACACCACCACCUGCCGCUCCAUCCGUCGGAGGAGAAAGCAGAGGAGCUCUGCUGGAUCAGAUCCGACUUGGGAAGAAGCUCAGAAAUGUUACAGAGAGUCCUGAUCAAGCUGCAUCUACACCACCAGAGUCAGGUGAGGGCAUCGUUGGUGCUCUCAUGAUGGUCAUGCAGAAGAGGAGUAAAGUCAUCCAUUCCUCUGAUGAAAGUGAAGAUGACGGUGGAGAUGAAGAUGAUGAUGACGACGAAUGGGAUGACUGAUGUGGAAGAUGAUGAUGUGAUUUUAGUUACAAACCUCUGAAUUGCAAUACUGUUACAUGUUGGAUUUCAGGUUCAAUAAUGGCAAACUGUAACAUGACAGAAACUGUGUGGGUGAUUAAAUAUACAAAUAAUUCAAUAUAAAGGACUUGAAGGUGAAAGAAAACAA